UCGCUCGCACAGUCACACUGCAUGCUCUGCCGCAGCUGAAGUCGCGUUCUCUCGUUUAUCACCGUCGUCUUCCACGCACAUUCGUCGCCUUUUCUUCUCCGUUCGUCCGUCGACUACUUGUGCCAUUUGUUUUGAAUAUUCCGAGCGAAUUCGACGCGCCCGCAGAAGUCGCAUUGCCAAAAAAAUAUCGGGGCCGUAAAAUAAUAUACAUAAUACCGUUAACAAGUGUGUGGGGCCGAUAUUGUUUAGUUUGUUUUUGAAACAUAAACACAACACACUCGGUUGUUUAUCGUGCAUUUAAAGUUUCCCGCAAACGGAAAACUGUGCUUUUUCCAGUUGUGCCAAUUACUAGCGAAGGCAAAAGUGCAUAUCUAUCUACAAAGAUAACAUAAUAUCAAAAAUAGCAAUCCGCAGCUAAACACAUCGCUGAAUGACCGAAAAUAAAGGCAUCAUGCUGGCCAAAUCUGUUCAAAAACACGCUGGACGUGCCAAGGAGAAGAUUCUACAAAACUUGGGCAAAGUCGAUCGCACUGCAGAUGAAAUCUUCGACGAUCACCUGAACAACUUCAAUCGCCAGCAGGCGAGUGCCAACAGAUUACAAAAGGAGUUCAAUAACUACAUAAGAUGUGUUCGCGCCGCACAAGCCGCCUCCAAGACUCUGAUGGAUUCCGUUUGCGAGAUCUACGAGCCACAAUGGAGCGGUUACGAUGCCCUGCAAGCACAAACGGGUGCCUCGGAAAGUCUGUGGGCGGACUUUGCGCACAAAUUGGGGGAUCAAGUCCUCAUUCCGCUCAACACAUACACCGGACAGUUUCCCGAAAUGAAGAAAAAAGUGGAGAAGCGCAACCGAAAGCUGAUUGACUACGAUGGCCAACGACACUCUUUCCAGAAUCUGCAGGCCAAUGCCAACAAGCGCAAAGAUGAUGUCAAACUAACCAAAGGACGCGAGCAGCUGGAGGAAGCCAGGCGCACCUACGAAAUCCUGAACACGGAACUGCAUGACGAGCUACCCGCCUUGUAUGACUCUAGGAUACUGUUUCUGGUCACCAACUUGCAGACACUCUUCGCCACAGAGCAAGUGUUCCACAACGAAACGGCUAAGAUUUACUCGGAACUGGAGGCAAUCGUCGACAAAUUGGCCACAGAAUCGCAGCGCGGCUCCAAUACGCUACGCAAGCAAACAAGCAAUCCCAUCAAGACAUCGAGCCCAGUGCAGUCGCCAGUGAAUAAGUUAAACAAUGCCAACAUCAACAGCAACUAUCAGAAUCAAAUAACCACAAACGGUGGCUCCAGUUUGGCAAACAGCCCGACAUCCACCAGCUCGUCGCUGCAAGAGCCUCGAUUUGAUUCAGUUUCUUCAACACCAGAACCACGCCCGGAAUCCCCAGCAGCAGCACUAGUAUCAGCCACGCCCAGCAGUCCCGUCGAGAAUGGGGUAACCACCAAAUCAGUGGAGCGUCCCGAGCUCAGUGAUCUGAAUGCGAGUGCCAAGGCAACCACAACCACGCAGACAUCGCCCACGGAGGAUAAGGCGGUGGUCAGUGAAGCAGUGAAGCCAUCGGAAACUGAGGGAGCAGCGGCAACAGCUGCAGCAGCAGCAGCAGUAGCAACAUCUGUGACACCUGCCCCGCCAGCGACACCUGCCCAAAUCAAUGGCAACAACAAUGAACCCUCGAUUGCCAAGGAAGGUGGCAAACAGCCCAAGGAACUGCCAUCCACCACAUCCAAUGCAGAAGCUGCUGCCGAGGCGGCGGCCAACAAUGGCAAUUCCAUCGAGGAGCACAAGCAGAAGAAACUAGGUAAUGACACAACAGUCACAGCCACAGAAACAGUAACAGUCACCCAGCACUCAGUUACAUCAACAGAUACCGAUAAUAUAGUAACCAUAUCAGAUACAAAUACAAAUACAGAUACUAAGACCAGCACAGGCACUAGUCAGAAAGGUAGACCAGUACCAGUAGUUAAUAGGCACAGCGUAAAUAAUCUUAAUAAGAAUCCGUUCGAGGAUGACGACGAACGCAUCUACGAGGUGCCCGCUGAUGCCAACACUGCUGACUUGCCGCCUGGAGUUCUGUACCGGGUGAAGGCCACCUAUGGCUACGCCAAGGAGGAUGUGGAUGAGCUGAGCUUCGAGAUCGGUGACCUUAUUCGCGUUAUUGAGUACGACGAUCCCGAGGAUCAGUUCUUUAUUGCCAACUUACAGGAGGAGGGCUGGCUGAUGGGUCAGAAGGAGGGCACCAACGAGAAGGGACUCUUCCCCGCCAACUUCACGCGUCCCAUCUGAAGCGACGAACUGGGGAGCAACUGGGCUAGCAACGAACCAUCAGCAACUUCAGAUCAACCAUAAAAAUCUUUACGAACGGAGGUCCAAAUCCAAAUACAAACUUUUGGCCAAAUUUUCUUUGUGAGCGCUGCUUUUGUUUUUGUCAAAUUAAUAAAUUCUUGUUUUGUGAAAUGUAUUCGUGAACUGGCAAUCCAUUUAUAGUGAUUGUUCGUUAGGGCAGUGCUUCCAACCAUAAAAUUGUUAUUGUUAACACAAAGAAGAACACGCAGAUGAGGAACGAGAGAGAGAAUAUUUUGAAAAUGUUUCAAACAUUAUUUUUUAGUUCUAAGUUUCAAGAAAACCUAAAGCAUAAACCUACGUAUACAUAUAUUAUUUGUUAAUCCUAUUAUUGUGCUCAUAAUUAAUGCGAACAAAACGUAUCUAAUUUGUAAUUUGUUAAUGGCAAACCACAAAUGUAAAACAUAUCACUCGAGAGCCAGAGUAAUUGUUAAACAUAUCAAAAGUCGGAGGAGAUAGCCAGCCUGAACCUUUUGUAUUUUGUGAAUUUUGCAAAUAUGUAGUACGAGUUUUUUAUAGUCAAUUGAAUGUAUAUUUGGGGCGAUGCAAAAAGGCCAGAUGUAAUUCCUCUGUGGUCCCCGAAGUUUUGGAAAUUGUUUGAAGUAACAACAUUAACGUUUAGCGAUUACGUGUAUCUUAAUUUGUACUUUGGUUUUUAAUUUUUCGUUUGAGAGACUCGAACUAGCUACAGCUUUAUAACGCGAACACAAUCCAAUAGUCACUAACCGAUCGAUUCGAUGUUUUUAUUUUAUUUAACUCGAUUGUAAAUCACACGAAACCCGAAAUAAUUGUUUAAAUUGUGCACACACUGUAAAGUUAUUAUUUUAAUUUUAUUUAAUUAAUUUAAACACUUAUUUAUCGCAUGAACAUAUUGAACAAAUGAUAAUAAUUUACAGAAAGCCAAUAAAACAUAGAUUAAAUAA